AUGGUGAAAUUUGGGGAGGGAGGGAGGAAGAACAGGUGAAUUUGGGGAGGCGGGGGGAAAAAAGGGUUAAGGGACUUGGGGGAAAAAAGGAAAAGGGGGAAAAAAAAAAAAAAAACCCGGGUGAACUGGGAGGGGAAAAAAGGGGGGUUUGAACUGGGGAGGGGGGAAAACAUGGUGUACUGGGGAGGAAAACGGUAAGCUGGGGUACUCCAAAACCUGGGGAAUGGGAAGGGGAGGAAAACAAUGGUGAACUGGGGGGGAGGAGGGAGAAAACUUUGGUGAGAUUUGGGGGAGGGGAGGGAGGAAAAACAUGGUGCCCCCCCGGGGGGGAAAAGGGGGGGGGGAGGAAAACGGUUUAGAUUUGGGAGGGAAAACGGGUUUGGACGGGGGAGGAGGAGGGGAAGGAAAACAGGGUUUUGAGACGGGUGGGGAGGGGGGAGGAAAACUGGUGAGAUUUUGGGGAGGAGGAGGGAGAAAACCCUUGGUGAGACUGGGGAGGAGGAGGGAGGAAAACGGUUUAACUGGGGGGGGAGGGAGGAAGAACAUGGUGAGCUGGGGGGGAGGAAAAACCCGGGUUUAGACUGGGGAGGGGAGGAGGAAAACAGGGUGAAAACUGGGGAGGGGAGGGGGAAAAACCCUGGUGAACGGGGGAGGAGGAGGGAGGAAGAACAUGGUUUAGACUGGGGGAUGAGGGGGGGAAGAAACAGGGUUUUGAGACUGGGGGGGGAGGAAAAACAGGGUUUAACUGGGGGGGGGGGAAAGGAAAAACAUGGUGAGAACUGGGGAAAAAGGAGGGAGGAAAACUUUGGUGAGUUUUUGGGGAGGGGGAAAGGAAAAACCCUGGUGAAAAACUGGGGAGGGGAAAGGAAAGAACAGGGUGAGACUGGGGAGGAGGGCGGAAAAAACGGGGGUUUAGAUUUGGGGGGGGAGGGGGGGAAAACAUGGUGAGCGGGGGAGGAGGAGGGGGGGAAAAACAGGGUGAACGGGGGAGGAGGGGGGAGGAAGAACUGGUAAACGGGGGAGGGGGGAAAACCCUGGUGAGAUGGGGGGGAAAGGUAGGAAGAACUUUGGGGGGCCCUGGGGAAGGGAUGGGGGGGAAAAAAUGGGGGAGUGGGGGAAAAGGAGGGAGGGAAAAAACUGGUGAGGGGAAGGGGGAGGGGGAAAGAACUGGGACCCCUGGGGGGGGAGGAAAAACCCUGGUGAGCCAAGGGAGGAAAAACAGGGUGAACUGGGGGGAAGGAACAUGGUGAGAGGGGGAAGAUGGGGGAAAAAAAACAGGGUUUGAACUGGGGGGGAAAAAGGGGGAAGAACUUUGGUGAAACUGGGGGAGGGGGGGAGGAAAAACUUUGGUGAACUGGGGAGGAGGGGGGAAGAACAGGUGAAUUUGGGGAGAGGAGGGAAAAACUGGGACGGGGGAGGAGGAGGGGGAAAAACAUGGUGAGCUGGGGAGGAGGGGGGAAAGGAAAGAACGGGUUAACUGGGGAGGGAGGGAAAAAACCAGGGUGAUACGGGGAAAAGGGAGGGGGGAAGAACAUUGGAUUUGGGGGAGGAGUGGGGAAGAAAAAUGGUGAGAUGGGGGGGAAGGAAAACUUUUGAGACUGGGAGGGAGGAAGAACAUGGUGAGACUGGGGAGGAGGAGGGAGGAAGAACAUGGUGAGACUGGGGAGGAGGAGGGAGGAAGAACAUGGUGAGACUGGGGAGGAGGAGGGAGGAAGAACAUUGAUCCUGAUUUGAUAUCCCCUCCAAUCACAACGAUUAUCCAAAUAUUGUAACUGUCAUUUUUUUUCUCUCUCCACACAACACGUUGGUAUCUAGUUGCUAAGCAACCGUUUUUUGUUUGUCCAGACGAAACCAGUCUGUUAAAAGUUGCUCGCUCACUUCUAAAUUGUCAAACUAAAUACAUACUGCAAUUCCUACCUCAAAACCGCUUUGCUUUGAAUUUAAACCUAAAAAUACAAGAACUUGCCUAGCUAACAGCAAAAUCUUUGACUUUGUAAUAAUUCUAAUUACAUUUGAGGUCAUGGAAUAUAUUAUUUCCAACAACCAAUGAGCAACCCCGCCCUAAAUACAGCGCAUAUUGAUAUUUGAGAUUUGCCGAAAACCCAGACUCUUUGGCAAUGACAUGGAGAGUGGCAUGUUGGCUGAAGAGACUGAUACCGUACUGAGACCAGAUUAGGUCUACCCUUUAGUCUCUGGUAAAGGCCCCAUAGUGUUAGGAGACUGAGGCGCCAGUAAACCUACUAACUGUAGUGUUGUAAUCAAAAGGUCACAGGUCAUGAGGUCACAGGUCAUGGCUGUAACCAGUUUUAAAUCAGCCUCCAUUAACUAGCUGGAAGAUUAACAGCGCGGCCGAACCGCCACGUUGAUUUUUAUCCGUGCUUUCUCAACGGGAGUCGUACGUUGACGGACAGCGUAGAUGUGUCCCCUUUUUCCAGAAAAUUUUAGCCAAUUAGAGGACAAGCGAACGGACCAAGGACCAAAAUGCAUGGUUGGUGUCCAUUCUCAACAUGUACCGGUUUGGCCGCACCCUAGUCCUGACUCCUGUUCUGUUCUAUGAUGGGACUGGCUGUGUAAUCCUAACUCCUGUUCUGGUCAGGGCUGUGUUGGUUCAGGUUAAUCUGAGUUCGCCGCUCCUAGACCUCACCCUAAUCUCUACCUCUCUGUAACUGACUGACACGCCCCUACGCUGCCAGAAGCAAGGAUACAUUUCCUGAUGUCACUCCUGACCUCAAAUCAUGAUCUUCCACUGUGUAGUGUCUAUCUAGUUCAUUCAUGUAGGAUACAGGGUUGGUUGUCUAGUUCAUUCAUGUAGUAUACAGGGUGGGUUGUACGAUAAUAUAUAGGAGAUCAAGCAAUACUCCAGCAAAAGUAUCCACGUGUCCUGAUUAGGCCUCAAGGCCACAGAUGGCAUUGGUCCAGCUGUCAGAAUGUUUGAGGAGUAGCGAACAAUAGCACUCUAUCCAGGACCCAACGAACAAUAGCACUCUAUCCAGGACCCAACGAACAAUAGCACUCUAUCCAGGACCCAGCGAACAAUAGCACUCUAUCCAGGACCCAACGAACAAUAGCACUCUAUCCAGGACCCAGCGAACAAUAGCACUCUAUCCAGGACCCAACAAACAAUAGCACUCUAUCCAGGACCCAACGAACAAUAGCACUCUAUCCAGGACCCAACGAACAAUAGCACUCUAUCCAAUCUAUACACAAUACCCCAUAAUGACAAAGCGAAAAACUGAUUUUUAGAGUGCACUACCUUUUUAUCCCAAAUGGCUCUGGUCAAAAAGGUGUGCGUCCCAAAUAGCACCAUAUUCCCUUUUAGACAUUUUUGCAAAUGUAUUAAAAAUAAAAACAACUUAUUUACAUAUCAUCCGUGUGUCCGUGCGUCCGUCUGUCCGUGUGUCCGUGCGUCCGUCUGUCCGUGUGUCUGUGUGUGUCUCUUCACAGUCCCCGCUGUUCCAUAAGGUGUAUUUUUACCUGUUUUUUAAAUCUGAUUCUACUGCUUGCAUCAGUUACCUGAUGUGGAAUAGAGUUCCAUGUAGUCAUGGCUCUAUGUAGUACUGUGCGCCUCCCAUAGUCUGUUCUGGGACUUGGGGACUGUGAAGAGACCUCUGGUGGCAUGUCUUGUUGGGUAUGCAUGGGUGUACAGCAUAAGCUGUAUUUUUACCUGGUUUUGAAAUCUGAUUCUGCUGCUUGCAUCAGUUACCUGAUGUGGGAUAUAGUUCCAUGGCGAAGGUGGGUGUAUUAAUAUUGUUGUUUUAUAGGUGAGCGUGGCGAUCGGCUGUGCCACGAGAGACCGUACCGUGGCGUUCGCCAGCACCUUCUCUGCCUUCCUGUCCAGGGCCUACGACCACAUCAGAAUGGCUGCUGUCUCCGAGUCCAACAUUAACUUGGCUGGGUCUCACUGCGGCGUCUCCAUCGGUCAGUACUGUGUGUCUCUAAGCGAGUUGUCUCCGUCUGUUGAUCGGUGCGUCUCAAAUCUCACCUGUCCCCUUCCCUCGACCAAUCACACUGUACUUCCUGUCUCCAGGUGAGGAUGGCCCCUCCCAGAUGGCAUUGGAGGACAUCGCUAUGUUCCGCGCUAUCCCAACAUGCACUGUGUUCUACCCCAGCGAUGGUGUGUCUGCUGAGAGGUCUGUGGAGUUGGCUGCUAACACCAAGGUAAGAACCACACACCGGCCCUGCCCCGGCCCCGGCCCCGGCCUGGACUCCGACUGUCAACCCAACACCUUAGCCAUUACACCAACAGAUUCAAACCCCUUGACGAGGUCACGAGGUGUUGGGAUUCUUUUCGCUACAAUAGUUUGUUGCCUUACUAACUGAAGUUGUUAGGAAUAUGACUUGGUGCAGCUCAUUUUAAAUAUCAGGUACAAAAAUACACACGCAUACAUUCAAACUUUCAUUAUAGCCUAAACAUACAGUACACAUUGUAGAAAAGGCACCACUAUACAAAUCUAUGAGCAAUAUACAUAUCUGUAGCUCAGCUGGUAGAGCACGGCGCUUGUAACGCCAAGGUAGUGGGUUCGAUCCCCGGGACCACCCAUACACAAAAAUGUAUGCACGCAUGACUGUAAGUCGCUUUGGAUAAAAGCGUCUGCUAAAUGGCUUAUUAUUAUUAUUAUUAUUAUUAUUAUUAUAACUAAGCCUGGUGUCUCUGUGUCUGAAUAUUUCAGGGAAUCUGUUUCAUCCGAAUCACCAGACCAGAACUGAAGGUGAUCUACGACCCCAAGGAGAAGUUUGAGGUGGGCGUGGCCAAGGUGGUACGUCAGUCCGACAGCGACAAGGUGACUGUGAUCGGAGCUGGAGUGACUCUGCAUGAAGCCCUGACUGCUGCAGACCAACUGGCCAGUGAGGGUAAGAGCUCCCCCCGGUGGCCUGGCAGGGAAUUACACCACUAGACCAUGUCCAGGGCACAUUAUUUUAUUUAUUUUAUUUAACCAGGUAAGCCAGUUGAGAACAAGUUCUCAUUUACAACUGCGACCUGGCCAAGAUAAAGCAAAGCAGUGCGAUAAAAACAACACAGAGUUACAUAUGGGGUAAAAAAACAAAGUCAAAAAUACAACAGAAAAUAUAUAUACAGUGUGUGCAAAUGUAGCAAGUUAUGGAGGUAAGGCAAUAAAUAGGCUAUAGUGCAAAAUAAUUACAAUUAGUAUUAACACUGGAAUGAUAGAUGUGCAAGAGAUGAUGUGCAAAUAGAGAUACUGGGGUGCAAAAGAGCAAAAUAAAUAACAAUAUAGGGAUGAGGUAGUUGGGUGGGCUAAUUACAGAUGGGCUGUGUACAGGUGCAGUGAUCGGUAAGGUGCUCUGACAACUGAUGCUUAAAGUUAGUGAGGGAGAUAAGAGUCUCCAGCUUCAGAGAUUUUUGCAAUUCGUUCCAGUCAUUGGCAGCAGAGAACUGGAAGGAAUGGUGGCCAAAGGAGGUGUUGGCUUUGGGAAUGACCAGUGAGAUAUACCUGCUGGAGCGCAUACUACGGGUGGGUGCUGCUAUGGUGACCAAUGAGCUAAGAUAAGGCGGGGAUUUGCCUAGCAGUGAUUUAUAGAUGGCCUGGAGCCAGUGGGUUUGACGACGAACAUGUUGUGAGGACCAGCCAACAAGAGCGUACAGGUCACAAUGGUGGGUAGUAUAUGGGGCUUUGGUGACAAAACGGAUGGCACUGUGAUAGACUACAUCCAAUUUGCUGAGUAGAGUGUUGAAGGCUAUUUUGUAAAUGACAUCGCCGAAGUCAAGGAUCGGUAGGAUAGUCAGUUUUACGAGGGCAUGUUUGGCAGCAUGAGUGAAGGAGGCUUUGUUGCGAAAUAGGAAGCCGAUUCUAGAUUUAACUUAGGAUUGGAGAUGCUUAAUGUGAGUCUGGAAGGAGAGUUUACAGUCUAACCAGACACUUAGGUAUUUGUAGUUGUCCACAUACUCUAGGUCAGACCCGUCAAGAGUAGUGAUUCUAGUCGGGUGGGCGGGUGCCAGCAGCGUUCGAUUGAAAACCAUGCAUUUAGUUUUACUAGUGUUUAAGAGCAGUUGGAGGCUACUGAAGGAGUGUUGUAUGGCUUUGAAGCUCGUUUGGAGGUUUGUUAACACAGUGUCCAAUGAAGGGCCAGAUGUAUACAAAAUGGUGUCGUCCGCAUAGAGGUGGAUCUGAGAGUCACCAGCAGCAAGAGCGACAUCAUUGAUAUACACGGAGAAAAGUGUCGGCCCAAGAAUUGAACCCUGUGGCACCCCCAUAGAGACUGCCAUAGGUCCAGACAACAGGCCCUCCGAUUUGACACACUGAACUCUAUCUGAGAAGUAGUUGGUGAACCAGGCGAGGCAGUCAUUUGAGAAACCAAGGCAUUAGAGAGGCUAUGUUUACACAGGCAGUCCAAUUCCUAUUUUUGUCCCUAUUUGGUCUUUUGACAGUAAUUGGGCUUCCUGUCAGUGUCUCAGGGUAGGAGUGUAAUUGGGCUUCCUGUCAGUGUCUCAGGGUAGGAGUGUAAUUGGGCUUCCUGUCAGUGUCUCAGGGUAGGAGUGUAAUUGGGCUUCCUGUCAGUGUCUCAGGGUAGGAGUGUAAUUGGGCUUCCUGUCAGUGUCUCAGGGUAGGAGUGUAAUUGGGCUUCCUGUCAGUGUCUCAGGGUAGGAGUGUAAUUGGGCUUCCUGUCAGUGUCUCAGGGUAGGAGUGUAAUUGGGCUUCCUGUCAGUGUCUCAGGGUAGGAGUGUAAUUGGGCUUCCUGUCAGUGUCUCAGGGUAGGAGGGCUAAUCUAUGAUCCGGUCUCGCUGGUCCAUGUAAUCUAUGAUCUGGUCUCAUUUUCAUUUUAGUCAUUUAGCAGACACUCUUAUCCAGAGCGACUUACAGUUAGUGAAUACUAUUUUUUUAUUUUUUUCAUACUGGUCCCCCGUGGGAAUCGAACCCACAACCCUGGCGUUGCAAACGCCAUGCUCUAUCAACUGAGCUACAUCCCUGCCGGCCAUUCCCUCCCCUACCCUGGACAACGCUGGGCCAAUUGUGCGCCGCCCCAUGAGUCUCCCGGUCGCGGCCGGCUGCGACAGAGCCUGGAUUCGAACCAGGAUCUCUAGUGGCACAGCUAGCACUGCGAUGCAGCGCCUUAGACCACUGCGCCACUCAGGAGCUGGAGUCUCCCUGGUCCAUGUAAUCUACAGUGAGGGGGGGGGGGGGUAUUUGAUCCCCUGCUGAUUUUGUACGUUUGCCCACUGACAAAGACAUGAUCAGUCUAUAAUUUUAAUGGUAGGUUUAUUUCAACAGUGAGAGACAGAAUAACAACAAACAAAUCCAGAAAAACGCAUGUCAAAAAUGUUAUGAAUUGAUUUGCAUUUUAAUAAGCACAGAGAUGUGAACAUAGCAGUAGGCUAGAAGCGCGAAUGUUCCAAAAUGCAGUCGGUUACCGGGGAAACUGUUCUCAAAAGGGAAGGCAAAUGCGAUUUAGCAUGUAAUGCAUUAUUAUAAAGGUGCAUUAUUAUAAAGGUGCAUUUUUAAUUGUGAAAAUUAUCUUCCCCAAACUUGAACCUCACGCGCCCAGUCAGGUUCUACACCGGUUGUAAAGCGGAUUAAAGUGCUUCAUUUUAAGAAGUUAUUUGGCGUCUUUAGUUGUGAUACAAACCUUAUUAAAACAUAUAGACCUAUGGGCUAGGAUACAUGAGGUGGGCGACUAUGAUUAGAAAAAGGGCAUGAUCUGUUUCUCUUGAUCUUUCUUCUUGUUUCAUGAUCUGCACACGCUGGGGGCUAAUAUUGUCACAUCAGACUAUUCUUUAAUUUGUUGACUUUACAUCUCCUGAAUAAUGUGUGAAAUUAGUUUAGAAAAAAAAGACAUGUAAUCUAAGCACUUAAAUAGUAAAUGGAGGAGCUUUUCCCGUGGUUUAUUUUCAUGCCAGCCAGGUAGGCUAUACUCCUGUUGUAAAGAGAAGCAAUGUGCUUAGUAUUAGGAAAGUUGAGAAAUAAAUAUAGUAGGCCUAGCCUAUAGAAAGCUUUUAAUAGAGGCCAUCAACUCUGUUUUCUCAAGCAAUUGCAAAGGAAAAAAAGUAAUAUCUCAGACUGCCCAUCUUAAUCUUUUUUCUUUUUAUUGGCCAGUCUGAGAUAUGGCUUUUUCUUUGCAACUCUGCCUAGAAGGUCAGCAUCCCGGAGUCGCCUCUUCACUGUUGACGUUGAGACUGGUGUUUUGCGGGUACUUUUAAUGAAGCUGCCAGUUGAGGACCUGUGAGGCGUCUGUUUCUCAAACUAGACACUCUAAUGUAUUUGUCCUCUUGCUCAGUUGUGCACCGGGGCCUCCCACUCCUCUUUCUAUUCUGGUUAGAGCCAGUUUGCGCUGUUCUGUGAAGGGAGUAGUACACAGCAUUGUACGAGAUCUUCAGUUUCUUGUCAAUUUCUCGCAUGGAAUAGCCUUCAUUUCUCAGAACAAGAAUAGACUGACGAGUUUUAGAAGAAAGUUCUUUAUUUCUGGCAAUUUUGAGCCUGUAAUCGAACCCUCAAUUGCUGAUGCUCCAGAUACUCAACUAGUCUCAAGAAGGCCACUUUUAUUGCUUCUUUAAUCAGCAAAACAGUUUUCAGCUGUGCUAACAUAAUUGCAAAAGGGUUUUCUAAUGAUCAAUUAGCCUUUGAAAAUUAUAAACUUGGAUUAGCAAACACAACGUGCCAUUGGAACACAGGACUGAUGGUUGCUGAUAAUGGGCCUCUGUACGUCUAUGUAGAUAUUCCAUAAAAUAUCAGCCGUUUCCAGCUACAAUAGCCAUUAACAAUGUCUACACUGUUUCUGAUCAAUGUGAUAUUUUAAUGGACAAGAAAAUGUGCUUUUCUUUCGAAAACAAGGACAUUUCUAAGUGACCCCAAACUUUUGAACGGUAGUGUAUGUAUAUAAAAAAUAUGCUAUUUGAUUGAGACUUUGGGCUCAUUGUUGUGUGUAGGAGUGAACAUCCGUGUGAUUGACCCGUUCACCAUCAAGCCCCUGGAUGCCGCCACCAUCGUGUCGAGCGCCCGCGCCACCGGAGGGAGAAUCAUCACCGUAGAGGACCACUACAGAGAGGGUGUGUGCUUUUUACAACUUUUUUUUCAUCAAUUACGUUAAUAAUAAUAAUAAUAAUAAUAAUAAUAAUAACUCUUCUGCGUGGGUGGGUUCCCCCUCUAACCCUUCUGUGUCUCUGUCUCCAGGUGGUCUGGGGGAGGCGGUGCUGUCUGCGGUGGGGGAGGAGCCUGGUAUCAUGGUGACGCGCCUGGCGGUGAACCGCAUACCCCGGAGUGGAAAACCUCAGGAGCUCCUGGACCUGUACGGCAUCAGCGCCAAACACAUCGUCAGCGCCGUGCGCCAGACCUUCGCCAACUAAGACAGUCGUCUCUUCUCUCAUCAACUGCGUCCCAAAAUGGCACCCUAUUUUUCUAUAUAGUGCACUACUUUUGACCAGAGCCCUAUGGGGCUAGUGCACUAGGUAGGGAAUAGGGUGCCAUUUGGGACUCUUCCCCCCCCUCUCUCUGAAGCCUGUACACAUUGACCAACUUCACCUUCUCCAUCCCUCUCUCUGCAGUCUGAGGGGAAAGAGGGCUUAAAGCUUUCAGCGUUCAGGGCUCGACCACCCGGUUUAUAAUCCCCCUUUUUGUAACUGAUGUUGAUUGAGCGUCACUUUCCAGCUGAAGCAUCAAUACUGUGGGGUUACAUCCCAAAUGGCUCCCUAUAUAGUGCAGUCCUCUAUGGGCCCUGGUCACAAGUGGUACACUAUAUAUAGGGUGCCAUUUGGGACCACCCUAAGUAUAGAGCGAGGUUUGUUUUUUAGUUUGAGCCUGUCAUGUCCUCUGCGCGUCCAGACGAUAUGGACGACGCUGAGCUAUCGGUCGGUUUGUUGAGUUUCAAAUGAAGCUAAAUGUAUAGCUUGUUUCCCCGUUUUGCCUCUUUUCAUUCCAGAUGCUUACAAUGUCAUCUAGGCUUUUAUUCUGUUCAUUCCAACCACAUUCCAUGUGUUCUAAUCAUUCCACAUCACCUGCUUGAUCAUUCCAUGUGUUCUAAUCAUUCCACAUCACCUGCUUGAUCAUUCCAU